GACGCAAGCACGCUGUUGACGCAAUCCCCGCCCCUUUCUCCCUGGACGUGUUUGUACAGCUCAACUUCCUCCAGCUUUCACCAAUAAACCGAAGUCCGAUCACCCCUGGACCGAACGGAGGGUAUCGCCAUGGCCUUUCAGGGCUCUGAAGUACUGGAAGAACAGCUCGAGGAGCCGGAAGAUACUCUGAGAGUGUCUCCGGCGGAGGAGAUGCCCGUCGAUGGGCCUCCAGCGGUAGAGGAGCCGCUACUGCUGCCGUGGGACUGCUUCUCCUCCUGGCUGCACUGCAUCUGUGUGGUCGGCUUCGAUCUGGAGCUUGGUCAAGCUGUGGAGGUGAUUUACCCGCACCACUCCAAACUCACUGAAAAAGAGAAAACAAGUAUAUGCUAUCUGUCAUUCCCCGACUCCAAUUCAGGUUGUCUCGGGGACACACAGUUCUGCUUCCGUUUCCGGCAGGCCGCAGACAGGAAGUCGUCACUCGGAUGUUUCCUCGACCACUUCGACCGGGAUGCACCGGUCUGUCUCAAGAGAGAUCAGGGCUAUUACUACGGGUAUGUGUACUUCAGACAGGUGCGAGACAAGUCGCUCAAGAGAGGCUACUUUCAGAAGUCUCUGGUCCUCAUCAGCAAGCUGCCCUACGUGACCUUUUUCCACUCUUUGCUGAAGCUGAUUGCCCCAGAGUACUUUGAGAAACAGGAGCCGUGUUUAGAGGCCGCGUGUAAUGACAUUGACCGCUGGCCCACGCCGUGUCCGGGGAAGAUCCUCACGCUCCCCAUCAUGGGUGUGGUCAUGAAGCUGCGCAUCCCCACGUGUUACGACAAGCCUGGAACGUCUCAGCUCGUCCAGUCCGCACCGAGCGACAGUCUGGUGUCCAUCAUUCUGCCCACCGUCCAUGAAGUGGAUCUCUUCAGGUGUUUCCAUCCAGUGUUUUUUCAUAUUCAGAUGUUAUGGGAGCUCGUGUUGCUCGGUGAAGCGUUGGUGGUUAUGGCUCCCUCACCGGCAGAAUCUUCAGACACUGUGUUGGCACUGGUCAGCUGUAUCUCUCCUCUCCGAUACUGCAGUGAUUUCCGGCCGUACUUCACCAUUCAUGACAGUGAGUUUAAGGAAUACACCACUCGAACGCAAGCUCCGCCUUCAGUCAUCCUGGGAGUUACAAACCCAUUUUUUGCCAAAACUCUCCAGCACUGGCCUCACAUCAUCCGCAUCGGAGACAUGAAGCAUGCAGGUGAGAUGGCCAAACAAAUGAAAGUGAAGAAGCUAAAAAAUCUGAAGACUUUGGACUCAAAACCUGGUGUCUACACUGCAUAUAAACCCUUCCUGAACAAAGACGAGGACAUUAUCAAGCAGCUGCAGAAGGGACUCCAGCAGAAGCGCCCCUCAGCGGCCCAGAAUGCAAUUCUGCGUCGAUAUUUCCUGGAACUCACGCAGAGUUUCAUCAUACCACUGGAGCGUUAUGUGGCCAGUCUGAUGCCUUUACAGAAGAGCAUCUCUCCCUGGAAAAAUCCCCCGCAGCUGCGGCCGUUCAGCCAGGAGGAGUUUAUGAAGACGCUGGAGAAGGCCGGACCUCAGCUCACCUCACGACUCAAAGGAGACUGGAUCGGCCUCUACAGGCAAUUCCUGAGGUCUCCAAACUUUGACGGCUGGUUCAGGAACCGCAGGAAGGAGAUGAUGCAGAAGCUGGAAGCUCUUCAUCUGGAGGCGUUGUGUGAGGAAGACCUGCAGCUGCGGAUACAGAAACACACCGAGGUGGAGACGGUCGACCUGGUGCUCAAACUCAAGGAGAAACUGACUCAGGCCGAGAAAGAUCAGCUUCCUGUCAAACCAGGAACUCUACCCAAACUGCAGGCCCAUAUCGAGAGCAUCAUCCUGUCUCUUCCAGAGGACCUGCAGGGCAUCUUACACAAACCGCCGAGCCCCUGACCCCCAGCCAGCUCUGCGUUUGCUGCAUCUGCUACCCUUGAACAGACAAUGCUGGCAUUGCCAAAACCGCACAGGAAGUGACUGUGCCCGAACACGAGAGGUGUGAAUGAUGGCAGAAGGACAGACGCAUGUCGAGGACACAUUCUGAGUCUUUAUGUUGUAUGUCUCACCGUGUGAGAUUAACCUUCCCUUUGCUUUUAAACAUGAAGAUGCUGUCAGGGACGAGAGAGCUGGGUCUGAAUGGAGAUCAGUGAAUGAUUGGAGGAAGAACUUCAUAAGAUCCUGUCCAGUCAAGAACAUGCCCAGGUCAUAUUUCACCCCAAAAUUAGGAACUUUUAUUUUGCGUAAAGAAAAUGAAGCCUCAUUGAAGCCUGUUAUAUAUAUUAACACAGUGGCAUUGUUUUGGUUAUAAUCAGGAUUUUCUCGUGUGUGUGUGUGUGUGUGUGUAUAAAUAUACAUACAUACAAGUAUAUAUGAAUGUGUGUGUGUAUAUUGUUUUUUGUUUUUUCUAAUAAUGAUAAUUUUCAUUAUUGCAUAAUUUAAUGAGGAAAAAAACAGCAACACAAUUACUGAAAUAAUAUUUAACAAUUUAACAUUUCACAAUGUAAAUCUGUAAAUUCUGUCACGAUGGAAUUUGUUACAUGGCAAUAAUUCAGUUUUAUAUUUUCAUGGUAAUUAAUGACCACUGAGUUUUCAAUUAAUUUUUUUUUCAUGGAAUUAAAAUUGUUUUUUUUACAUUGGUAUUUGCAUGACAAUUAAACGCAUUUCCUUAGUUAUCAUUACUAUAAUGCAACAAAUCUAAUUUUUACGUAGUACAGAAUGACAUAUUGAAAUAUUAAUUUGUGAAAUAUUAUUUCAGUAAUUAUGCCUUUUUUAAAUCAAGUUAUGAAGCCGUAAUGAGAACUGUCAUGGAAAAUAAUAAUAAGUAUUGUAAAAAAUAAUUGGUAAAUACUUCAGUAUUUUUUUUUUUAAAUCAAGUUAUAAUGCAAUGAUACAGAGAAGAAGAAAAUGGGCUUUUAAUUAUACAAUAUUUUUUUUCAAUUAUAUUUUGGCGUGAAACAUUCCCUGGAAAUGUUUUGGUGAUGUUUUGAAUCAUGUUCACUGAUGUAAUAUUGCAAUAACAGGUCUGUUUUACAGAGACCAACACUACUAACCUAGAACUGAUGAUGAAGAGACACUAGUCUGAAUAUAUUUCAUCUUUACGAGCUCAAUAAGCACAUUAUCACAGGUGUCUGGCAUUAAUUAACUCUCAUAAUGAAGAAAAACCCAGCAAAGACCAGUGCAGUUUUACAUGUGUAUUUAUUUGUAUUUUAACUCAUAAACUGACUAACCAAAACCACAAAAGGGAAAAUAGGCGUUGUCUUUUCCUUUUCUUUCCACCUGACCUGACCUGACCUGACCUGACAGAACUAGUCUAGUUAUUUUAUCAUCAGUGUCAAUGCACCGAGAUUGUUGUCUUCCUUCGAUUCCCAUGUCAUACACACAUCGUCGUUCAGAAAAUAAUACUGUACUGUGUACUUCCACACAUAUAGUCUUCAAACACACUCGCUUGAGCUAUAGAGGUGAAAAUGGUUUGUUUUGCAGUUUCUCAUGCCUUUCGUUUUCUGAUUAGUUUGAUUUGAAUGACUUUGCAUCUGUUUUAGGACCAAGAGUGUAGUUUUGCAAUGCUUUACUGUCACGUGACGGGAUGAAAUGCAUUUUAAAUGAUUUUGUUUGACCUUGAGAAAGAGCUUGAUGCACUUUAUCUGUCGCAUGUCAUGAGCAACAGAAAACGAUAUUCUAGAUGUUUCUAUUCAAAUUGUGCAUAACCAUGGCUCAUAAAAACCCAUUUUUUUGGCUUGUGCAUCACAACUGGUCAUAUUCCGUGAAGUUAAUGCAUGGUGGAUAUUUUAGAAGGAACUGCAACCUUUCUGUUGGUGCCUUGAGCUUGAAAGACAAAGCGGUGAGCGACCAAAGACCGUCACACUAUCUGAUCCAUAUGAAUGCUUUAUUAUAUAGGAUGCUGGCUCUGUUUUGUCACAGCAGAGAAUCAUGGGACGCGUUUUGGAUGUAGUUUCUUUCAUGCACAUGGUGCAAACCUGUGAAAGCUGGUUGUUGGACAACCACUGGUGUUUUAUAUUUGAAGAACAAUCCUAUUUUAACAUGCUUGAAUUUUAUAGAGGUAUAUUCUAAUACAAGAAUAACGAAUAGCUUUUGACACGAUGCCUGUUUGUUAUACCCAUGGAUAUUUUGUAACAUCUGUAUUUUUGAUCUGCUCAUUUGUAAUCGGUAGUUACUGUACCGGAUGUUUUAUUUGAUGCCAUGGUGAUUAUUAUAGAAUUAUAUGAAUGGAAAAGGAAGAUUUUUGUAAACCAAGUAACCAUGUACACCGAGAUGUUCCAGCAUAAACAAUAUUUUUCUAUCAAACCAUUAACCACUAAUGUUUUUUUUCACCUGUAACCAUAUGACGCACAGCAGCUUUUCAAUAGAAUUUAUUUCAUUGUUCUGUAACCAUCAUGAAGGACAAGUAUAUUUUUUUCCAGGUGUAAAUAAAUGUCAAUAA